GUAACGCGGAGCCUUCCCCCCUUAGUUGGAGCUAACGGCUGGUAGACGUCCCUGCCAUGAUCCGUAUGUGGGAGGAUGUGCCCCUCACCUUCUCUCAGAUCUCCAUGUUUCCCUUCUUUGAUAUCGCCCAUUACCUGGUGUCCGUGAUGUCGAUGAGGGGGCAGUCCGGAGCUAUUGCAAUGGCAUGGAAUAAUCCUUUUGUAAGCUGGUUUAGAGCUAUGCUGUAUUGCUUUGGAGGGGGAAUUUUGUCUUCUCUACUGCUUGGAGAGGCUCCAACAAAAUUUCUUGAAAAUAGCACUAAUGUCUUAUUGGCAUCUUCAAUCUGGUAUAUUGUAUUUUAUUGCCCAUAUGACAUGGUUUACAAGUGCUAUCGUUUCCUGCCUGUUCAACUCAUGGCUACAGGAAUGCGGGAAAUGGGCAGAACUUGGAAAAUCACAACUGGAAUCACACAUGCUAGUAGCAAUUACACAGAUGCCUGGAUGGUGUUGAUAGCUGUUGGAUGGGCCGGAGGUGCUGGUGGUUCAGUAAUCAUAAAUAUGGAACAGUCACUAAGAGGGGUUAUAAGACCUGAAACUAGCAAAUUGCUGGAGCUGUCCCAUUCUGCGAAGAUAAGUCUGCUGGGGGCAAUUCUCUUUACAUUACAACACACAGGGGAUCUGCCAGUUCCAAAACAUACUCUUAUGUUUUGCUACUCUUUAUUUAUUGUUGUCAUAUCGAUAACUAUGCUGCUUACCGAGUGUGGCUCUUCUCCCCUCUCUCCUUUGGAAGCUAUGCUGAGUCGAAUGUUAUUUGGCUCAAGGCAGCAGCAGUUUUCAGGAGAGCCACAAAAGAAAUUGAAAUCAUCUUUUAGUGAUGUAAAAGAAGACAACUCAAGCACUGCUUCAUCUAAUGUUGAAAAUGAGAUACGUAAUAAAAAAAUGGAAUAAAUUCAUCUGACGAGCUCAAGGUUGCCAAAAACAUUUUCUUGUUUACCUCACAAAUUGUGAUAAAUAUUUCUAUCAUAAAUGAUGUGAAGUAAGGAUUAUAUAUGUAAG